AUGUGCGCGGACGAGGACCCCCUUGCUGUUGAUGAGCAUGCGGCUCAGGACGACACCGAUGCUGACUCCGCCAUUGGAGACGACAAUGCUAGUGAUACUACAUCUCUGAGAUCGAGUAUUCUGAGAUACCGCGAGGAAAAUGGCAGGACUUAUCACGCUUACAAGGACGGAGCUUAUGCACUUCCUAACGACGAGAUUGAGAACGAACGACUAGAUCUUCAACAUCAUCUCUUUCUGCUCACUUUCGAUGAAAGACUACACGCAGCCCCCUUGCCCAAAACGCUCAGCCGUGCUUUUGAUGCGGGCUGUGGCACUGGAAUCUGGGCCAUCGAGUUUGCUGAUGAGCAUCCCGAGUGCGAGGUCAUUGGCGUCGACUUGAGUCCGAUUCAGCCUUCGGCCGUUCCACCCAACGCCUCCUUCUACGUAGAUGAUCUAGAAGAGCCAUGGGAGUACUCCGACAAAUUUGACUUUGUCUUUGCUCGCUUUCUUACAGGCUCCAUCCUCGAUUGGCCUAAGUUCUUCAGCGAAAGCUACAAGAACCUCAAUCCUGGAGGCAGAAUAGAGAUGAUCGACAUCAUCUACCCUCUCCUCUCCGACGAUGGCACUCUGACAAAAGACUCAGCACUGUCCAAGUGGUCAGAACUACUCCACCAUAUCUUCACCAAGAACGGCCGUGGCAUGGAUAGUGCGUUGAAGUACAAAGAUCAACUUGAGGCAGCUGGUUUUGUAGAUGUCAACAUUGUCAAGCGCAAGUGGCCCUUAAGCAGAUGGCCCAAGGAUCCCAAGCAUAAGCAGAUUGGUAUCUGGGCCCAGCAGAACACUCUAGAUGCGUUGGCGGCUUUGAGCCUCGCUGUCUUUACACGCCCUGAUGGUCAGGGUGGACUCGGCUGGAGUAAAGAAGAAGUCGAGGUUUUCCUGACAGAUGUGCGGAAGGAUAUUAAGAAUGUCAACAUUCAUUCAUACUGGCCAAUGUAA